UAUAACGUAAGCUGUCAGCUCAGACAUUUAGUGCCAACAUGCAAGGAAGAUGAGCAAACAAGGUUCAUCAUGUUUUGCCCCAAGUGUGGAAAACAGGUGGAACAGUCAUAUAAUUUCUGUCCACAAUGUGGCUUCAACUUACCUGUCUUGACUCAAUACUGGAGCCAAGAUGGGGCCCCGUCAGCAGACCCACCCUCAGUUACUGCUGAAAAGAAGCAAAAGGAGGAUCAAGACCAGGUCCCCAAAGGUGUUACAGAGGACGAGAAAAACACUGCCCAGAUAAAGGUGCAACCGGCUAGUGAUGACUUAGAGGCAGCCAGAGGUGGUGCUACAACACAGGAGUCAUCAGAUAACACUGCCAGCCCAGCCACUCUGGAAAAAGGAGCCACACCCUCAUCCCCCAGCCAGACAGUCUCAGACGGUGAAUCUGUCACUACCAAGAGGACACAAGUCCCUGAGACUCGUACAGAGGAAGAGAGGCUUUCUGCCACAGCUCCUGAAAGACACUCUCAGCCAUGCAGUGAGACAGCACCUGGAUCUGUUUCCACCACCCCGCCCUCCCUGACACCUGUCAGUGAUAAAGUAACAGAGCAACAAACAGAGGUCUCAUCAGAUAACAGUACAGAGGACAGACCUGAUGCAGUUCAAAUUCCUGCUGACAGGCCGAGUAACACUCAAUCUGGGCCACAGUCAUCUCUAACAUCAGCUAAAGAAACAGGUUCCACUGCACCUGAAAGAUCUGAGCAAAUCCCUCAAGAAUGUCAUUUGAUGGUAAAUAGGUCUGCCUCUGAACCAAAACAGGAUGAGACAUUAUCUGGGGAGACACAAAAUCUCUCUGAUAAUGAAAAUCAGCCUAACACUGAACAGCUUACAUUCACUAAGCAAACUGACACCAAAGAAGACCAAGAAGCCAGAGAUAAGAGAUGUUACACAGUCGACCCAAACACCAAAAAGUCUGAGUAUUCUGCUGAUCCCCGUCCAGCAACAAAGAAAACCUACCAAAACACUGAGGCUGUUGACACCAAAUCAGAUGAGAAAACAAACACACGCUCGGCAGAGAGACAGGAGCAACAGCCAGGCAGCAGAGAUGUAGAAGUCCGCAGGCCACCAGUGCCCUCCAGCCCUCCCAGUUCGACUGAUGAGAAGGCCGGUCCUUUAGUGGCAGCAGAUAUCUCAGAAACAUCCACUGACCUUCAGGCUACACAAAUUUUACUGAGCAGUGACUAUAUGCCUGUGUACUUCCAUGCUGUCACUUCCAAAGAUUUUCAUUUGGAUCCAGAGAAGGAUAUGAUUUUCUUAAGGUCUGACAAAUUGUUUGGAGGAUGGCAUAAACGUGGCAUGCAAAUGUCCUUCUCUAGGCCUCUAGGAGACAAGAGCUAUCUUGUUGACGGACAAGUCAUGAUUUCCAAGAAUAUCAUUCAUGAAAACAUACCCUACAAAUAUGUAAUUUACAAGCACAGUGAAAAGUCCUUCAUGUAUGAGACAAUCUACCAGAAAGGUGGAAAUCAACUAAUCAACAGGUGCCUGACAAUCAAGGAGGAGUUUUUAACACAUGAAGGGGAGUGGCACCAGUACGAUGAUGUGAUCUAUCUUGAGCUGAAGAAGGGUCGCUGGCCUUGGAGUUCAACCAAAGACAUUGUGUUGAAAGGGAGAGAUGAAGCUGGCAGGGUGAUGCUGGAUAUGAUCUUUGACCUUCUUACAACUUGGACUGAACCAAAUGUGGACAACUUCUUUUUACUGCUCCAGCAGUUCUUUCAUACAUACAGCUAUCCUGUGCUUCAUGAUGGCAUGAAAAGACCAUGGGGAUUAUCAUACAAUGAAGAACAGGUGAAAAACCUGCUCAGACACGUUCUGAAAGAGAACAUCAAUCUCAAACCCAGAGGGCAAAAAGAAACAACAAAAUCCCUCUUACCUCUGCAUGCAGGAGUAGUUCGUUUGCUGAUCUACAACAAGUAUCUGAAAGUUGACAUGAUGGAUCAGCUAUCUAGCUUGUGUGAUCUUCUUUGCCUGCCGGAGAUGCCACCACAUGAUUUCUUCUCUUUCUGGAAAGACUUUGCAGACCCUUUGGCAGAUAAAAAGAGUGUUGCAGAUGCUGUUGAGAUGUUGUGCAGCAAUGCUAGACAACGCCAAAUUGAGAAGUGGGUCUUGGUCAUCCCUCUGAUUCACCUACUGAGAGGAGAAAGCAAACCAUUUGGGCCAGUUCCACCCGAACUGAAUCCAGAGUUUGAAUCCUGGACGGGUUUGAGAGGGAACAACAGAGCACAUUCAAACAGGGAUCCUUAUCUUAGGAAUGUGAUCGGGACCAUGAAAGAGCAUGCGUACCUGGCAGACAUUGAUUGUCUUCUUGUGCACUCCUGGAUGUCUUUGCUGAAUGUGGAUGAUCUAAAAAGUUUCAUGUCCAGCGUGUGCGUGGAGCUCCUAGACAUUCUUCAUUACAUACAGUUCAGUAUAAAAACUGGGAUCAAUCACUCCAACUACAUGGCUUUGGGAGAACUGGCACGUUGUCUUAUCGACAGAGAAAGCCAUCGCAGUAAAGGUUUUGAUGACAAAUAUGGAGAGUGUUGCCUGAAAACUGCAGCAAGGCUUCUUGGUUCUAUCUGCCGUCACACAACAGAUCCAGGUCGCUGUGAUGUUCCUAUCUACUUCCUUGAUCUGGUCUGUCUCAUUACCAAGGCAUACGACCGCACAGCUUCCCAGGCAAGAGAGAGAAUUCAUGAAGAGUCAAUAGGGGAGACACUGGAGACAGUGAGGGAAUGGAGGAGAAAAACCUUCAGAAACAAACUGCUCAGUGAAUGGGGGUGUGCCUUUGCUGUACUUGAUGAAAUCAAGGUAUGGGAGAAGUUACUCUCAAUAUCCUUCAGUCACAAGGAACACACUUCAUUCUGGAGAAGAAUCUUCAUGGAAGAUUUUGAAAGAAAACUAAAACAAGAACAACCAGUGAAUCAAAUUGGAAUAUACUCAAACAAGAUGGAAGAACUGAGCAAGACAAGUCCACUGUUAUGCAACACAAUGGAGAAAUGUGCAUUGGAGGCAGUUGCAGCUGUUUGUCAGGAUAAAUCUGGCAGAGCUGUUUCAGCUCUAUUUGAGAAACAUGAUAUCACAAAGUUUGGGAAGCUGAUGUCUGUUGUUGUGAUGAAGACAUGGCCCACAGAUGCAAAUGGAAAAUACAUCGAUGGCAAGGACUCAAUAUUUGAGUACCUUCUAAACUGGCCAGUGGCCAAAACUGUUUUCCAAAUGACAGGUUUAAGAGGAGGACUGAUUGACAAAUUGUCUGAUGACGCACAAAUCAGGAUGACUUUGGCAAGUUCAGCAUUCAAAUCUGUGUCAGAGAAGUUCCUCAGUGGAGAAAUCCAAAUGAAAACUUUAAAGCAAAUCCUCCAGAAAGAACAUGAAUUUCUUGACUUGCUGAAGAUCGAUGGCCUCUGUGAUGAUGUUCGAUGUAGAGAUGACAGUAUGAGAGAAUUACUGAAACUAAGAAAAGAUGAAGCAGAAGCUGUCCAUCGUGAGAAGGAGUUUGUCAAGGGUCUUCUUCAAAUCUGUCAGGAGCUUCCACAACAUGUCAAAGUUGACUUCAAUGGGUUGGACAAAAAACUGAAUCAGGACAUUGAGAUGAUGAAUCUGAGUGAAUUCAUGAAGGUUCACACUCUUUAUGGACAGACCUCUCCUACAGCUGGGCAGGUCACUUAUUUCAACCUUUGUGAUAAGACCCGUCAGAUGGCUUCAGUACUCCAUGCCAUUAAAGAAAGCACAAUCUUCAAAAUGUGCUGGAUGAAUCAAGUGGAAGAGUUUUCAAGAGGCGAACCUGAUACAGAUACAGAUGACACUGAACAUCAUGGUGUCAAUGAAGAAAUCUACACUCUCGACCUGGUCUACAGUCAAAUAUUCCAAAACUGCUACAGCAAGUACAAAGAGCUUUAUGAUGGUCUGAAGAGUGGGGAACUGUUACUGGAGGAAAUAGACAGCCUCUUUGAGGACUAUAAGGGAAAGUACAAAGACUUGCAGACAGAUUUGUACAUCAUGUGCAGAACAAAUCCAUCUGAUGAUGGAAGAUGGAUCACAAGGAGGAUUCAGCAGAUUCAACAGUACCAUGAUCUUCAUCUUGCAGUGGAAUCUGCCAAAAUCAUUGUGGAUAUCAGGAACACAAUAUGUCCAGACGGAGACUUUAAAGCAUUGGAGAAAUUGCUGCAAAUGAAUCAUGCUAACUUCAAGAAAAACAACCUGAAUUACAUAGAUGAUACCUUCAUAAAGGCCAAAACGAUUCUGAUGGACAUUACAAAGGAUCGCAGGGAAUGUCUUCAGAAGCUCAGUCAGAGCAGAGAGUUUGUCCUAUGGGUUAAAGAAGAACUUGAAGAUAUCAAUGAGCUGAAAGUUUUUGUUGACCUGGCAACCAUCUCUGCUGGAGAAAAUGACCUGGAUGUGGAUCGAGUGGCCUGUUUUCAUGACGCUGUUCUCGGUUACUCUUCCAUGUUGUAUGGACUGAAGCAGGACUCUGACUUUGAGGCCUUCAAAGAGGCAUUGUCAAAAUUGUGGAAGGCAUUUGAAAAUGACAAAGAGAUACCAACGAAGCUGUGGGAUACAGCACGUCAUCUGGAAUGGUUAAAGACUGUUAAGGAAAGCCAUGGAUCUGUUGAAUUUUCAUCCCUGUCGCUGGCUACAUCCAUCAAUGAGAGAGGAAUAUAUACCAUCAAGGGCCAAAACCAGAAAAAGCUUGCUUUAGAGACUUCCCUGAUGCUGCAAAUUCAGGACGGACAUGAGAAAAACAUGACAUACACUUAUGAGGACCUGAAAGAGUUGCAAAAUAAGCUUAUGCUCAUGUCUGGAAGAGGGGAACAAAAACAGAGUGAAGUGGAACAUUUUGCUGAGGUGUUUGACAAUGUCCAAAGACUUGCCAAAGUAUUUGUAGACCUCUAUGCUGCAGGAAACCCACUCUUCAGGUGUUGGGAAGCAAAGAUUUUUUGCAAACCUCAGAGUGACCCAUGUAUCAUUAUGGACAUCAACUUUUGUAAGAUCCAGCAGCACAUCCAGAUAUGCGGAAGUCUAGUUGAACAACUUACAGCACUGUCCGAGAAGAUUGAGUUGUUUCUUGAUGACUGGCGAAACUUCAUGAACAAACAGAGGUCUGAUCACUAUUACCUUAACUACUUCACAGCAGAACAAAUAUUCUACCUGUGCACUGUUGUGACUCCGACAAAUGUGAAUGCAGAUAUAGAGGACAAAGCUUUAAUGAUGCUCACUUUCAUCAAACCAAACUGCACAACAUCAGAUGUCUGGAGCGCAUGGAGAAGGUUUCACAACCAAUUUGAUCCUGGAAAAAGGAUAAAUGGAGAUACUGACUUUCGAAGUCACUUUCUUCACCAGGAAGACAGCAACAUGUCUUCAGCCAAUGAGAGUCAUUUUACAGUCGAUGAUCCAGCACACAAGGCAGACGAGACUGUUGGUCUGAAAGAACUGGAAGAGAUGUGGAAUGGCUACAUCAAGAAUGAGGGAAUAUUUUUCCAUGACCUUUUGGACGUUAGGAGUUUAGGGGAUCUGUUGAAAAUGAUGACUGUCACAGAAAACGAAACUGAAAAUGAAUGGGAAGAACCAGUGCUCUCAGAGUCAAAAGAUGAUUCUCUUAGAAGAAGUCUCCCAAAAGGCCUUAACCCAAACCAACCUAAUCUCAUAAUCUGUCCACAAGAUGAGGUCCUGACUUCAAGUAUCUGCUUGUACAUGACCAGUGACUAUCAGCCACUGCCAAGUUAUGAUGAGGUCCUCUUGUGUACCCCUGCAACAUCCUACGAGCAGGUAGAGCUUUUCCUGAGGAGAUGCCUCACAUCAUGUGACAUCGGCCAGAAGAUUUACACAAUGCUUUGGGCUGACCAACUAACCUAUGACGUUAGCUGUGCAAUGGAAAAGUGUUUUCAAAGACUGCGGUCACUGUUUAAACAUGAUUACAGGCUAGUGAUCUUUUGCAGUUCUGACAGGGAGCACACUUACAUUCCUACUGCAUUCAGUCAGUUCAAAAGAGACUUUGUGCCACAAGAGUCAUUGAAAAGGAUUCAGAGGUAUUUGUCCAGGCAUUACACCAUCCCCUCAGAUCACAAGAAUGCUGUGUUCAAAGGUGGCCAUUCUGUUGGCAUUGUUGCUUCCCAACGUGCAGGAGUAGGCAAGUCAUUGUAUGUCCAAAGACUGUAUGAAAAGCUGGAGGGAAGUGUUGAACAAGGAACUGCAUUUAAGAAGUGCAUCCGACUAACCGAACAUGAGAUUGAUGACCACAAGGUUCUUCAGUCUUUGUAUGACACACCAAAGCAAAAAGACCUCAAGGUGUUUCACUUUGAUGUCACAUCCUCGGUGCAAAAAGGCUUGAAUGAAUUCCUAUUCAAGCUUUUCUUUUUGCGGUACCUGAUGGAUUCAGAUGGACAGAUGUGGCGCUGCAGCCACAAACACUUGUACAUCGUUGAGUUACUGGAAUCCAGAAAUACUCAGCCCAGAUCUGGACAAAAGGAAAACUUUGCCUUCUCAGAUGUUUUUCCAAAGGUACUUUGUCGUGCACCAAAGGAUGUUAUGACUUUGGAAAUGAAGAAAGAGGAAAACCCUGACUUGGAGAGUGACGACCCUCUCAUGGAUGAUGAAUGUUUCAGGAGUGAAGCUUAUCAAAGACCAUACCAGUACCUCACACGUUUUUACAACAAUACCAAUCUUGACAACUUCACUUACCAGGGCAUUGAAGGGACUCAUGCAAAGUGUCUUCAGAUAUUCUUAUUCUACUGUGGCAUUCUCGAUCCAUCUUGGGCAGAGCUACGUAACUUUGUCUGGUUCCUUAAUCUUCAGUUGCAAGACUGUGAACAUUCAGUCUUCUGCAAAUUUGAGUUGGUUGGAGACACUCUUCAAGGGUUCAAAAACUUUGUUGUUAAGUUCAUGAUACUGAUGUCCAAAGACUUUGCAACCCCCUCACUAAACAUCACUGACCAGAGCCCAGGGAGACAACAAGUCGACAUCAGUGGGCUUAAUGAAAGAGACUUGGCCCCAUUCCUCAUCAGAAAAAGGUGGGAAUCCAAGCCACAUCCAUACAUCUUUUUUAAUGAUGACCGAAUAUCCAUGACUUUCAUUGGGUUUCACCUGAAGCCCAAUCACCAGAGAGGGAUUGAUGCCAUAAAUCCCUUGACAGGAGAGGUGAUAGAGAGUAACAUCAUGACUCGGGAGCUGUACACUGGCUUAAGCCAUCAGGGAGUCCCUUUUAAUAGGAACUUUGAUCAGCUUUCUCGAGCUGAGAAGAUUGGGCAAUUGUGCAGUGUGCUUGGCAUCAAGCAAACACUUGAUCCUGAUGAAACAUAUGAGCUGACCACCGAUAAUAUUCUCAAAAUGAUGGCAAUCCAUAUGAGAUUUAGGUGCGGCAUCCCAGUCAUCAUAAUGGGUGAAACAGGAUGUGGUAAGACGAGGCUCAUCAAGUUUAUGUGUGAGUUGAGAAGGUGUGGAGCACCGACAGAAAACAUGAAACUGGUCAAGGUCCAUGGAGGAACAACAUCAGCAAUGAUAUAUGAGAAAGUGAGGGAAGCUGAACAUCUUGCAAGGACCAAUAAAGAGAAUCAUGAAUUUUACUCUGUUCUUUUCUUUGAUGAGGCAAACACCACAGAAGCCAUCAGCAGCAUCAAGGAGAUACUUUGUGAUAACUCUGUGCAGGGACAACAACUUGGCUCUCAAACAGGACUACAGAUUGUUGCUGCAUGCAACCCCUACCGAAAGCAUACAGACAAGAUGAUUGAAAGGUUGGAGACAUCUGGAUUGGGCUACCGGGUGAGGGCUGAGGAGACUGAAGAAAGGCUUGGCUCCAUCCCUCUCCGCCAGCUUGUGUAUCGUGUACAUGCGUUACCCCCCAGCAUGAUUCCUCUUGUUUGGGACUUUGGGCAGCUCAGUGACUCAGCAGAGAGAAUGUACAUCGAACAAAUAGUGCAAAGAGAGGCAAAUGCCAACUCGAUUGCAAGUAGUUAUAUUCCAACUAUAACUCAAGUGCUGUCGUCAUCACAAAAGUUCAUGAGGGAGAGGAAAGAUGAAUGCAGCUUUGUCAGUUUGAGGGAUGUUGAGCGUUGCAUGCAUGUGUUUGUGUGGUUUCACAAAAAUCACUCCAUGUUUGCUGCGCAGCUGACAGUAUUCCUUCAAGAUGCAUCUCAGAAAAAAAACACAAAGAUGUCAUCGUUCUCACCUGCUCAUGACAGAGUAAUUUGGUCACUCUUGAUGGCCACUGGAGUGUGCUAUCAGUCCUGCUUGGAGGACAAAACACCAUAUCAGAAAACCAUCAGCCAGUUGCUUCCUCGUGAAUACAACACAAAGAGAGUACAGCAGGAAAUCAAUCUCAUGCAGGACCUCCUACUCAGUGGUGUACCCAUGGGGAAGACAAUAGCCAGAAAUGAGGCUUUGAAAGAAAACUUCUUCAUGAUGGUGAUCUGUGUUGAGCUAAGAAUUCCCCUGUUUAUCGUUGGGAAACCAGGGAGCUCCAAAUCACUGUCCAAAACCCUAAUUGCGGAUGCAAUGCAGGGCCCCUCCUCUCAUUCUGAGCUCUACAAGAGGCUGAAGCAGAUACAUCUGGUGUCUUUCCAGUGCAGCCCUCAUUCAACUCCUGAAGGGAUCAUUAACACAUUCAAACAGUGUGCCCGCUUUCAGGAAAGCAAAAACUUGGAUGAAUAUAUCUCAGUAGUUGUUCUUGAUGAGAUUGGAUUGGCUGAAGAUUCCCCUAAAAUGCCACUGAAAACACUGCACCCACUACUGGAAGAGGGCUGUGUCGAUGACAAGCCAGAACCUCAUAAAAGGGUUGGGUUCAUUGGAAUUUCCAACUGGGCACUGGACCCUGCCAAGAUGAAUCGUGGAAUAUUUGUGUCCCGUGGAGAUCCAAAUGAGAAAGAGCUCAUCAAAAGUGCUAAAGGGAUAUGCUCGUCUGAAGAAAUUUUCCUUAAAAAGAUCGAACACCUCUUUGAGCCUUUUGCAAAGGCAUAUAUGAGAGUAUGCAAAGAAGGCAGGGGCUUUUUUGGUCUGCGGGAUUUCUACAGUCUGAUCAAGAUGACAUUUUCAAAUACCAAAUUAGGUAAUGAGAGACCCUCCGCAGAGCAAAUCACUGGAGCAGUCCUGAGAAACUUCAGUGGAAAAGAUGAUGUGGAUGUGAUGGGCAUAUUCAGCGAAGAACUCAGAGAUGACUUUGCCAAUGCCAGCCUCACCACCAUUAAUUUGGUCAAGAAAAGUAUCUCUCCAACUUGCCAAGGAGACGAAAGUCGUUACCUGUUGAUCCUCACAAAGAACUACGCAGCUCUUCAGAUUCUCCAACAGAUAUUCUCACUUCACAACAUCCAUCCAGAAAUCAUCUUUGGGUCUAGUUUCCCAAAGGAUCAGGAGUACACGCAGAUUUGUAGGAACAUCAAUCGCGUCAAGGUUUGCAUGGAGACUGGACAAACAGUUGUGCUUCUGAACCUUCAGAAUCUGUACGAAAGUCUGUAUGAUGCUCUCAACCAAUACUAUGUGACCUUGGGGGGUCAAAAGUAUGUUGAUCUUGGAUUAGGAACACAUCGUGUGAAAUGCAGAGUUCACGAAAACUUCAGGCUCAUCGUCAUUGAAGAGAAAGAGGUGGUGUAUGAGCAAUUUCCAAUCCCACUGAUCAACAGGUUGGAGAAACACUACCUUGACAUCAACACUGUUCUCAGAGAUGACCAGAAGGACAUUGCCAGAAAACUUCAGGAAUGGGUUGACGAUUUUGUCUCCCUAACUAGUCAACACUCCAUGCAAAAGCAAUAUGUUCCAAGUGAUGUCUUCAUUGGCUACCACUCAGACACAUGUUCCUCUGUGGUCCUGCAAGUAACAGAGAAUGAAAGCGUUGAAACAGAGAAUGAAAGUGCUGAAACAGGUGCUCAGACCAUGCUGCACAAAGCCAAAGACAUUCUGCUCAACUGUGCCACUCCUGACUCGGUUGUUCGUUUGGACAAAUCCAGACUGCCUGAUGAGGAAAGAGUACAUUUAAUGGAAAAAUAUGUCCAAGAUAAGAUGCACAGUUCACUGGGAGACUACAUUGUCCAUCACACAAAGCAACUGGAACAGUCCCACAUCUUCUUUACUGAGGUCACAACAUUUUCCAGGCUGCUGACUGCAGCUGACACUCAACAACUGCAGAAUGUGAUAAAGCUUGAUGAUAUCAAGCUACUAUCUCUGCAGCAGUUUGACACGGAGUAUUCGUUCCUCAAGAAAAUCAGGGAAUUCCUUGGCUCAACACCUGCAAACAAAGUGCUGAUCAUCCAAACAGACCAUGAUGAAGACUCCCACAGGAGGAACAUUCUUUCCUCAGCCAAGUAUUCAUGCAUCAAUGAAAUAAAUAAGUGGGCCACUACUGACAACACAAAGACAUUUGUGUACUUUAUCACCAAACUUCCUCGAAUCGAGGGUGGGACCUCCUUUGUUGGGUUUCAAGGAGGUUUGUGGAGGUCUGUUCACAUUGAUGAUCUGAGAAGAUCAAAAGAGUUUGUGUCUGAUGUUCAUUCCUUGAAAAACCGACGCAUCAGUGAACUUUUUAAAGAUCCACCAGAGGCCAUGGAAACAGAGGACCACAAUGGUGUGCCACAAAAUGAUGACUCCGCUGUUUUGGGAGAUUUGUUUGAUAUAACAGAUCUGAUAAGGAGCUGUGUGCAGAGUGCAGUGAGCAUGCUCAGAGAUGCGGCAGACGGCGGAAAACUCAGCAUUAACAGAGUUGAGAACCUGCUCACACUUCUGGAUGAAGAUCAGACACCAGGUCUGUUUGCAAACAUUGUGAGGAAGCGGCUCCACUCACUGUUAGAGAACUAUGAGGCUGACACCCCUAAUCCAAAGGGCUGGGUUCUCAAGGAGGCAUCCAAUAUCAGCGCUCUUCAAGAGGGGGGAACAUUCCUACACACACUGUGGAGGAAAAUCCAAGCAGUUGUUACUCCACUUCUAGCCAACUUGGUGUCAGUCAUUGAUCGAGAUUGCAAUUUGGACCUUCUGCUGAAUGAGUGUGAUGACAUCAGGAACCUAUGGCUUGAGAUAUUUGGGAGCAAGGAGAUGCUCCAUGUACCUUACGUAAGGGUGGAAAGCAACUCUGGUGUCUUAAUGGUACAAAGCCAUAGCACAGGUGGCCACACCAUGCGCUGCGUCAUGCCCUUCAGCUGGUGGAUCAAAGACUUCCUGGAUGGGCUCAUGAUGCAGACAUCCAGACAUGAAACUCAUUCACCUCAUCAAUUCCAGGAGGUGUUCUUGAACACUCCACUUGGCAGUUACAUUGCUAAUAAUGUGAAUAAAAAAAUGAAGGAAGAAUUCUUCCAGCGCUACCUGCAGGAUUUUGUUUCCAUGACGAUGAAAGUGGCAUCAGAUGAAGAACUGAAGCUCUUGUGUCAGGCCCUGACCAGCUGUGUGGAUGAAGUACGGACACGGAGAAGAGAUGAAAAUGAGCUGUCUCUCUCUGACAUCCACAUCGCCUACCAUUUCUACCAGAGCCGUCUUCAGAACCUCUCACGGAUGAUAUCUCUACAUCCAGAGGUUGUUUCUCCUUUGCGAAGAAAGCAGCUCAAUAGAGAUUGUCCAGAGAUGGUUUUGGAUGUCCAUGCAGCCAUGGCAUGUGUUGAAUGCCUGGAGCGUCCUACUUUAGAUACGGAUGCGCUCUGCCAGCAGUGGCUGAAGCAGGUGAAGAGGCUGCAAGCCUCUUUGGAUUUGAUUGGCUCUCAACACAACACCAGACAAUAUGGAGAGCGAUGCAAAGAAAGACUCCCUGGUGUCAGCAAUGGCUGGAAGCGCAUCCACAUCCUCUCAUUGUUUGUGGAACACAUGCUUCUGGGUCUCCAGAAUGACGAGAAUCAGCUCAGAACACUCGUCCUGAAUCACAUUCAGACCUUAAGCAGGGUUCUGGAGGGAAAUGCAGAUGUAAAAUCAAUGAAGGCUUUUCAAGCUGUAAUUGAAGUACUGAAGUCCUCUAGGCAGGGGGCAAGUGAUCAGAUUUUUAGGAUUUCUAUCGGGAAAACUGCAGAAUUCCGGCGGCGCUGCAAUGGUUUCUUCAUUGAUUUGCUCUCCACUGUGUGCUUCAAGGACAACACACCACCAGCCAGAGAUGUCAUCAACCAUCUGCUGUCCUACCUGAUGGUUGAGACAGAACAAAAACAGAUUUACACCAAAGAUCUGUCGCCUUUUGACGAGUCCCCAGAUAAAAACCCAGUCGUGCGAUCUGUGAUCCUCAAGCUGCUGCUGAAGUUCAGCUUUGAUAAAGUCCAGGAAUAUUUGCAGCAGCAUUUGUCAUCAGUUGAAGAAAGCAGAUUUGUGGAUGAGGGGGACAAAGCAGAGCUUUACGCUUUGUACAUCAACUGUUUGGAGGAUUCCAUGUGGGAGAAAAUGCCUCAGGAAGGCAACAGGGCUGAACUGCUGAAGCCAUUUUACAAUGGUGAAACACAGUUCUUGCGCUUCUUUUUGGCUGAAGUCACUACUGAUUCAGCAGCAGUGUCUAUUCAACAUCUGCAGCACAUUGCACGAUUGCGUCUGUCCCUCACCAUGGCUGCCCAGCUCAUCAGUGACAGACUGUCCGACAACAAUGUCCCAGAUGGAGCAGAAGAUUUCCUGAACAUGGUGAUUAAGCUCUGUGAGGACAGUGGGAACGAUUGGUACCGCGUUUACCUGAUCCGUAAGCUCAGCGAAUGGCGGGGUGUCGAGUUCGUCCAGACGCUGGUGAAACAACCAGAGUUCAGCUGGCUUUUCCCGACAGAGAUCCUCCAGCAGAAUGAAGAUGGAGGCCAGAUGGACCAGUAUCUUGUGUAUGGAGAGGAAUACAAGGCGGUGAGGGAUGCAGUUGCCAAGGCAGUUGUGGACGGUGAUGUUGAGCAGAUAGAAGAUGUCUGUGAGAGAUGCACCGCACCACCAAGGAAUCGAACAAUGUUCAUCCUCCUGGCACUUUUCCGAGAGGUUACCACUCUGUACAGAUCUGCAAACACAGGUCUCCAUCCAACCCCUGAGCGAUGCCAAGCAUUUAGAGAUCUCAUCCAGGGCUCAACGUACCUACAUCAAAUAGAAGUAAGGGAUUUUGCCUCAGCCCUGGUUCAUAACAGGUUGGGAGACUUGUCCAUAAACCCUGGUCAUACCAUCCUGGACCACACUAUCAUUGAGCUGACCAUCCAUCUGGCAGCUGUGCUGCUCACUGGGAAUCACCUCCUCCUGAUGCCACUCAAGCAACUUGGUCUGUUUCCUGAAAACAUGCAGACAGCAUUUAUACCCACAAUGCCUGAUGACAUGUUAGCUGUUGCUCAGGCAGCCAUACAGCAAAACUAUGGGAACCUCACUUGGUAUGUAUGUCCAAAUAAUCAUCCGUGCUUUGUUGAUAAGUGUGGCCUGCCCAUGCAGACAGGCAAAUGUUUGGAGUGUGGCGAGCAGGUUGGAGGUGGCCAUCAUAUCGCCGUGCCUGGAUUCACACCAAUUCAGCUGCAGAAUGAUCGCACAAGGCCUGGCCACAUCCUGGGAGACCCUGAGCGGAGAAACAACCCAGACACCAAAAACAUGUCUCUGGGUCCGUUCACUCUGGUCAGGCUGGUUACACAUUUGGCCAUGUUGCUGGGAGCCUCAGAGAAGUCUCAGUUCGUUCAGACCAUCAUCCAGCCACCCGUGGAGGGUGUUUGUUUGUUUCUCAGUCAACACAUAAUAAAGGAUCUGGAUCAGCUGUCACAGGCAUUGGGAGGAGGAGCUGACAACACUGUUACGACUGUCCACUUGGUGAUCAAAUCCCUGCAAGAGCUAGUGCCAGGCAGUCACUCUGGUAUUGAUCCUCACCUAACAACCAAAGCAUCCAGAAACACCUGGGAGACUACUGUGGCUGCAGAUAUUAUGACGCCUCGGUUGAGGGAUCUUGAUCAUCUCCUGCAAGAGGCAAAGGAGAGCAUCAGGACGGAUUCCCGUGUGUCCUCCAACUUCAUCAUGCGGACGACCUUCGGCGAUGAUUGUACCUUCCUGACGUCGCUGCCGCAGGGCUCUCAGGUCCACAGCUCACCGGUGUGGAGCUGCAGGGAGAGGCUCUCAUUGCUCAGCCUCACACACACUGUGGAGCAGUAUGACCAAAAGGAGGAGCUGCCUCUUCUCUGGAGGUUCCUCCAGAAGGAGAGAGAAUUUCGGCAGAUUAAGCUCCUUCCAGACAUCCUAAUCCUGCAGAAACGCUUGGUGAGAAAAUUCCAGAACGCAACAGACCAGAUAGUGGGCUCCAUUGGAGAGUUCAUCGAGAGGCAGACAGAAAUGAGGGCAUGGUAUGAGAGACACAUCGACGUCUUCUUGAAAACAUGGAAUCUGCUCAGAGAGUCUGUAACCAGCAGUGAGCUGAAGAUCCCAGAUGAAUUUUGCAGCAAGGAUUUGGACCUGACCAGCGACUUGCAGUACCUCCUGCCCCGGCGUCAGGGUCCAGGCCUGUGUGCCACAGGGCUGGUCAGCUACUUGGUGGCUCUACAUAAUGAGCUGGUGAACGCUGUGGAUAAACACACUGGAGAGGACAGCAGCAGUUACAGGGUGAGUGUGGCGGAGCUAACGGAGCAGCAUGUGAUCCGCUAUGAGCUGGAGAAGGACCUGCUUCCUCUGGUUUUAUCCAACUGCCAGUACAGCUUGGAACGCGGCCACGAGACGAUAUCACAGUACGACCUGCCCAGGAUCCAGCAGCAGAUCCUCACCCGCUUCCUGCAGGGAAAACCCCUCAUCACCCGCACAGGGAUCCCCACGCUGGUCAACACACAAGAAAGAGACUAUGAAACCAUUUUCAAAGCUGUCAAAGGAAAAGUACCUCAGGCCGCUCUGUCCUCUCUGACCCGGAACGCCCUGUCCAGAGAGCUGCACUCCUACAGCGAGGUGUGUGAGGCGCUCAAGAUCGCAGAGCUGAUCCUGGGUUUCAUCUCGAUGACUGGUGGUGAUCCCACGAUGCCGCUGGUCACUUACCUCCACGACACUCUGAAGAUGGCCGACCACAUAGAUGGCCAAGUAUUGCAGGCUCUGGGCAGAUGUCACCUCAGACACUGUGUUUCUCUGUGGCAACUCCUCUCCUCCCUCAAAUCUGAACACAUGCUGCCUCUCAGGAGGGAGCCCUUUUCGGGAUAUCCAGCUGAGUACCUGAUGCCGCUGACGGAGGAAAACAAGAUUGAUCUGAGAGGCUUCGUGGUCAGGGGAAACGUGGACCAAUGGCUGCUUGAGAUGCACGAGUUCCUCCUGUUGAGUCUGGGCCGCCUACGGGCCACCGACAACUUCAAACCAUCCUGGAGUGUGAAAGAGACGGUGGGUGCCUACAUGGACCGGAAAGAAGUUGAGGUGCCUCGUUACGUGGAGGAGACGUUUCCUGAAAAUCUGCUGCUGUCCCAGAUUGUGGAGACCUGGAAAUACACAGUCUCAGUCAGACAUGACUGGAUGAGGGAGGGGUGAACCGGAGGAGUUUGGAGAUUUGAGAUGAGAUUUGAGUUUUUCAGUUUAAUUUUUGAACAACCAAAGAAGUUACAUUUUAUUUUGUCCUUUACAUGUUUAUAUUUUUAUUUUUUUCUGUGAUAAUUACAUAUGAAAGACUAAAAAUGUAACAUUAAGGCUCUCUUAGAAGGAAUGAAGCAACCAGCUAUAUUAGAAAUCAGUUUAAGAAUUACUGUGUGAGCCUCACUCAAACAAAAAUGUAUUCAGGAAAUGUGUGACUUGAUUAGUAUAUAUUGUGUAACUGUUUUAUAUUAUCUAUUUCAGGAUUACAUUUUUGUGCUAAAAUAUAUUUUACUAUUGACCACCACAAUCUGAUAAUGAGGGUAAUGAAUCUGCACGGUGGCACUAUAAGCAAGCACAGAAAAAAUGUGAUACUAAUGUGAUACACAUUUUUGCAUUUUAUUUUUAUCUUUUUUUUUAUCUCUUUUAUCUUUAUCUCUUAUAGGUUUAAGUAAAAAUAGCUUACUGAUUGUUUUGAUUUGAGAGAAUUGAAUUGAUGCUUCUGAUUUAUCUGAUUUAUUUUUGCUCUGUCUGGUCAUGUUAAAGGGUGACAGGCUCUGGAAAAUGGUCAUAGGGUGUGACGUCACCCAUGAGUGACACCAGGGAUGUUUGAAAGCCUGGAUAUGGGCGUGUUUCCUAGUUUUAGAAAAUCUAAAUAAGGAAAUUGGGAGCAAAAUGUCUCCAAACUUUUUAAGACAAUUUUUAAAAUGUCAAAUAAUAAAUAAUGUGUGUCAUGAGAUUCCAGUCAGUUUCACAAUUGUACAUUUGUGAGCUGGAGUUCGUAUUUCUAUUUUCUAAAUGAAUGAUUACUAAGUUUGGAAAUUAUUAAAUUUGUGUAAGUGAUCAAUGAAUCAUUUUAUAUAUACGUAUGUGCAGCCUGAGACAUCAACAGCCGUACUGUUUAGAGUGUAAACUGAUUUUCACUCAGAAAGGAAAAAGAACAGUCAGGUGCUGUUAUAUGAAAUUCUUUUAGCAUAUUUUAUAUUUUUUAUUUUUUAUCUUAUAUUAUUGUUGGGUAUUUUUAUUCUGUUUUAUUUUUAUCAUCUGACUUUAUCUGCCUGAUUGUCCUUAUAAUAUUUUAUUCUUGAUUCAACCCUGUUUUGACUUUGUCUUAAAAAAUGCAGAAUAAAUAAAGUUUAUGAUUAUCAUAUGAAAUCCUUUAUGUGAUUGUGAAACUGGUGAGACUGAAUCUUUGUUGAAAACUGUGACAUUGCCUUUGAAUUUUAACUUUUAUUGUCAUUAUACAGCAUAUGGUCCACAUGCACCUUCUCACUCAUUCCAGUUCUACUUUUCUUUUUUUUUGAAGUAUUUAAAAUCAUUUCUGUAGCUAAUUCCGGCUAUAAAUCAAGAAUAUUAUAUCUAUAUAAAAUGUGAAGGACACACCUAAUUAAAGGAAGUGAAUGAGUGUAGCUGCAAAAAUAUUGCAAUUUGAUUCCAGGCUGUUAAAAGGAAUACUUCACCCACAAAAUGACCAUUUAUAGAUUAGUUACACAAGCCCUGUUACCUUGAAUUUUGGGAAGAAAACUAUGUCGAUUAAUUGACCUUUUGCUAAGCCCCGCCCUUUUGUGAUGGUCCAACAAGCUGUCAGAGUAAGCAUAGAGCCCACUCUGUAACUAACUG